AUGGCAGAGCAAUGCACCGCAGUGCCCACUUCUAAUAUGGCGGCGCUGAACCGGGCUAGAUCAUUGACCGUUAUGUUCUUAAUUGUCAGCAGUUGUGUGAUCAGCUGCACUAGUGGCACAGAUGCACCAGAGGAGACUGUCAUCAUUGGCCUCAGACUCGAGGACACAGACGAGGUGUCAUUUAUGGACAGAGGUUAUUUGCGUGUCAGCGAGCGAUCUCAUGUCAGGUUAAGAGUCUAUGGGCAAAACAUUAAUAACGAGACGUGGUCCAAACUCGCCUUUACGGAACACGAGCGCUCGAGUGACAGCAGCGGCAGAAGCAGCAGCGCACCUGCGGAGAGCCAGAGCCCCGAAGACUCACCUGACUCUCAUCCCUGUGGCAUCCGAACGUCUGAUAUAAUCGUCCUCCCCAACGUGGAGGUAAACAGAAAGACCUCUGGAGUUAUUGAAAUAGAAGUGAAACCCCUUCGAAAAACGGAGAAGAGUAAAGCGUAUUACCUGUGCAUCGCGACCGCUGCGCAGGCGUCCUCAUCAGCCGCCCAGGACUCGUGGUCCGAGAGCACCUGGAUUUAUCAUGAAGGGCAUGACACCAAAGUGCUCGUGGUAGAGGAGAAAAAGUUCCUGCUGCCUUUCUGGCUGCAGGUGAUUUUUAUUGCGAUGCUGUUGUGUUUGUCUGGCAUGUUCAGCGGGCUCAAUCUGGGACUGAUGGCACUUGAUCCCAUGGAGCUCCGGAUAGUCCAAAACUGUGGGACAGAGAAGGAGAAAAACUACGCAAAGAAGAUCGAACCAGUCCGAAGCCAAGGAAACUACCUUCUUUGCUCUUUACUCUUAGGAAACGUUCUGGUCAAUACCACUUUGACGAUUCUGCUUGAUGACAUAGCAGGAUCAGGGUUGAUAGCUGUAGUGGUGUCCACUAUAGGGAUUGUAAUAUUUGGAGAAAUUGUACCACAAGCCAUUUGCUCCAGGCAUGGCCUCGCUGUUGGUGCAAACACAAUAUUCCUCACGAAAUUUUUCAUGAUCCUUACAUUCCCAGCAUCUUAUCCUGUCAGUAAACUUCUGGACCAUGUUCUGGGACAGGAGAUAGGCACUGUGUACAACAGGGAGAAGCUACUGGAGAUGCUCAGAGUGACAGAUCCGUAUAAUGAUUUGGUGAAAGAGGAGCUGAACAUCAUCCAGGGUGCUCUGGAGCUCAGGACUAAAACCGUGGAGGAUGUCAUGACACCUCUGCGAGACUGCUUCAUGAUUGCCAGUGAUGCCAUCCUGGACUUCAGCACCAUGUCUGAGAUCAUGGAGAGUGGCUACACGCGCAUACCUGUGUAUGAGGGUGAGAAGUGUCAUAUUGUGGACCUGCUGUUUGUGAAGGACUUGGCCUUUGUGGAUCCAGAUGACUGCACUCCGCUGAAAACCAUCACAAAGUUCUACAGCCACCCUCUGCAUUUUGUCUUCAAUGAUACAAAGCUGGAUGCGAUGCUCGAGGAGUUUAAAAAAGGAAAAUCCCAUUUGGCCAUUGUCCAAAGAGUAAAUAACGAAGGGGAGGGAGACCCAUUCUAUGAAGUUCAGGGCAUCGUCACGCUAGAAGACGUCAUUGAGGAAAUCAUAAAAUCUGAGAUUUUAGAUGAGACAGACUUGUACACUGACAAUAAGACAAAAAAGAAGAUUGUUCGCAGGGAGAGGAAACAGGACUUCUCAGCUUUCAAACCCACAGAUAAUGAGUUGGGGGUGAAAAUAUCACCACAGCUUCUGCUGGCCACACUGCGUUUCCUAGCAACUGAGGUGGAGUUCUUCAGCUCUGCUCAGAUGUCGGAGAAAAUCCUCCUGCGUUUGCUCAAACAUACUAACGUCAUCCAGGAGCUCAAGUAUGAUGACAAGAACAAGAAGAUGUCAGAGCACUACCUCUUUCACCGCAACAAGCCUGUGGACUACUUUAUCCUCAUCUUGCAGGGGAAGGUGGAAGUAGAGGCUGGAAAAGAGGGAAUGAAGUUUGAGGCUGGUGCCUUCUCCUACUAUGGAGUACUGGCUCUAACCUCAUCCCCAGUUCCCCUCUCCUUGUCUCGAACAUUUGUUGUGAGCAGGGCAGAAUCGCUGGCAGGAUCUCCAGAAAAUAAGUCACCUCCACGACCAUUCGGUCUCAACCACUCCGACUCCCUGAACAGGGCUGAUCGGAUGGAGGUAGUCACCCCCUCACUGGGCAGCAGCAACAACCAUCUCAACUCCUUCCUGCAGGUCUAUGUGCCAGACUACUCCGUGAAAGCUGCCUCUGAUCUACUUUACAUCAAGGUGACCCGCCAGCAAUAUCAGAACGCCCUGAUGGCGUCACGAAUGGACAAGACACCUCAGUCCACGGACAGUGAGUUCACUAAGAUUGAGUUGACCUUCACUGAACAUCAGGAUGGACCAUUGGAUGAGUCUGCCUCUCCUCUGAUCCAACAGCAGAGCUCCAUCAGUGCACACAAAACUAACCACACUGCUCACAACGAUGGGGCUAUUUAA